GGGGUUGGACGAAGAGGAAGCUCGCAAUAUAUUCCUCGAGAUCACCGAGGCCGUACGAUACCUGCACAAUGAUAUGAGGCUAGUACACAAGGAUAUCAAGUUGGAUAACAUAUUGCUGGACAAAGAACAAACGUGGAAACUUUGCGAUUUUGGGUUAACCGAAUUCCAAAAUGACGCCAACGGUUUUGGUGAUCUUUCCUCGAGCGACGAUAUCGCCGGUGGUUCAUUGGCGUAUUGCCCCCCGGAACAAAUCCGAUCCAAGGCACCAUUAAAGGAUCCAAGUGUUGACGUGUGGAGUCUCGGGGUUGUCUUGUACGCGAUGGUCACGGGCCAAUUGCCGUUCAUGGACGAUUUCGAGCCUCGACUGCAGCACAAGAUCAUAAACGGACGAUACGACGAAACACCGUUAUAUGACGUGGGAGCUAGCGACGAGCUUAGAGACCUGUUGAAGGGCAUGUUCCGAACCAAACCCGUCGAUCGAUUGAACAUCACCCAAGUGUUGGAACACAAGUGGUGCCAGCGGUGA